AUGUCUGUACGAUACUUGCGACAGGCCAGUCGGCCUUUGAUACAUUCGAUCUCCCAGACCACAAGUGCUCGUUGCUCACAUGUGCUCAGCUGUGGCAAUUCCUCAAGGACAUUAUGGGGUUCACAAAGCGUGAUACAUGGGAGGUCCCUAGCUACUUCGGCCGCUAGGAGCCAAGAUGGCCUGGAAGGAUAUUCGUCUUUCAAGCAACAGCGUCGCACUGAGCUCUGGGCUGAGAAAGAGAGCGAGGAUCCUCUAUUCGAAGAGACACACCCUCGCCUCGUCCAUCAUGCAGAGCGCAAGACGGUGCCUGAAUUUCAUAAAGCUUUUCGAGAUGUUCUUGAUGAUUCCAAGCACGUCAGCGUUUGUGGCCGAGUUCGAUCCAAGCGCGUCGUCGGAAAGAAUCUUAUCUUUCUCGACAUCGUGAAUGAAUUUGAGCGUCUACAGGUCAUGCUCAACCGGUCAAAGUGCAUGGUAGAAGAGGAGGCAAGGAGUUUGAAGUUCGCAAUGUUCAGAAAUUUAAUAGAAGUGGGCGACCACAUAUCUGUCGUUGGUGUACCGGUUCUUACUAAAGCCGGUGAACUCACCUUGGAGGCCAAGACUUUGCCUGAACUUUUGUCUCCUACCAUGGAGCAGAUCCCAGAGAAACUCACGGAUCCCAAGACCAGAAUGCAAGAACGUCAUGUUGAUAUGUUGGUGAACCGACAAGCAAUUGAUGUCCUCCGGCUGCGCGCCGAGAUCACUAAGCACAUGCGUGAUUAUUUUCACUCAAGAAAAUUCCUCGAGUUCCAGACACCGAUUCUCGCUGAAAACGCUGGCGGUGCGGUGGCCCGCCCUUUUGUUACGAGAGCCACUGAGUUCAAGGAUAAAGAUCUCGCCUUACGCAUUGCCCCAGAGUUAUGGCUCAAGCGUCUCGUUAUUGGAGGCGUCGACAAAGUCUUUGAGAUUGGACCCUCGUUCCGUAACGAGGGUGUUGACGCGACACACAACCCCGAGUUUACUAUGUGUGAGUUCUACAGCGCCUACAGUAAUCUGGAGGACUUGAUCAACCAGACCGAAGAGAUUCUCUGCAGUCUAGCCCAACACUCCCAAGAUCUCAUCUCUACCCAACUCACAUCUUUGCCUUCCAUCGACAUGAAACAGUUUGUGCGACCUUUCAAACGGGUCGAGUUCGUUCCCGCACUUCAAGAAGCCCUUGGGCUUCGUCUGCCCAAGCUCUCAUCUCCAGAUGCUUUACCAGAACUCCUGGCUAUCCUAAAGCUUGCUGGCAUCAAGGUGCCAGGUGAUGUGCCUGCCUCGUUGGCCAAGCUGCUAGAUCGUCUGGCUGCCGUUUACCUGGAACCCAUGUCAUUCACGGAGCCUAUCCUUAUCAUGAACCAUCCAGCCUGCAUGUCACCUCUUGCGAAGAGCUUCCUUUGCCCGCAAACUUAUCAGUUAGUAUCUGCUCGUGCAGAACUCUUCAUUGGUGGCCGUGAAUUGGCAAACAUGUACGAAGAGGAAAACGACCCCGAAGAGCAGAAGCGUAAGCUGCUCGACCAUCGAAACCUCGUCAACAAGGAUGACGGUAGCAUUGCAAUUGAACAUAAUGAGACGCCUGAAGGCGAAGCAGCCGUUGAGGAAGCUCUAGAUGAGCCUUUUGAAGACGAGGACGGCGACGCUGCUCCUCUCGAUCAAAGUUAUGUCAAGGCUCUCGACUAUGGCCUGCCCCCUACGGGCGGCUGGGGAUGUGGUGUUGAGCGUAUGGUCAUGCUAUUUUCUGGUGCCAACCGCAUCAGCGACUGUCUAAGCUUUGGUUCGAUAAGAAAUGUUGUUGGACUCUCAGCAGCAGAGGAGAACAAGGCAAGUCCCGAAGAAGAUAAGAAGCUUGAAGAAGACAAGCAGUCGAGUUCCAAGAGCUCAUGA